UAUGAAAUCCUCUUACCUUAUCUUUAACAUUUUAAUUUCCACGGCUUUCCUUCAGGCUAAAAGUCUCCUUAGGGACAGGUCAUCUGAGGUGGUGUUUGUUGACUGAUAGUUUUGAAUUCAUUGUAAGAAAACAGGAGUUUGCAAUAAAGUACUCACAGGAAGAUGUGUAUUUAUUGAUAUUAAAAACUAAUUGAUUGAUUCCUGGGGAUUUGAGUGCAUUCUGAAGCCACUGCAUAUUAAAAUGCAGACAUGAAUUUCUUCCGACUCCAUAAAAUGACUAAACUGCACUGAACUACUAAUCAGGUAUGAUGCUGAUAAGUGACAUAUUAUUGUCUGUGAGGCUUGAAGCGGUGGGAGGGAGACAGAUACUGAGUCAUAAACUGGUUGUCAUUAAGAGGUACCAAGCUGAAGUUGGAGCACUGCAUUUGUAUAAACAGCUCAACGACUCCAGUACAGAAAUGGCAAUGGUCUCUCAAUUUCUGGGUCAGCUCACACUUGGAGUGGGGAGAGAACCCCGGUUCCCGACAGUGUUACCAGCUUUAAAUUUUGACCCGGAGAAGGAUGCUGGCUGGAUCGAUACAGCCAUCAAAACUAAAGGUGUUGAUGAGGACUUAAUCAUUGAUAUCCUAACACAGCGCACCUACAGUCAGAGGAGAGAGAUUGCAUUUGAGUAUGAGAGGAAAGCAAAAAAGGACAUGAUUACUGCCCUUAAGGGAGCGCUGUCAGGAUCUCUAGAAAGUCUAAUUCUGGGCCUGAUGAAGAACACAGCGCAGUAUGAUGCCUUUGAGCUCAGAGCUUCAAUGAAGGGUCUUGGCACUGAUGAGGAGAGUUUGAUCGAGAUUGUUUGCUCUCGUAGCACUGAGGAGCUGCUGGAGAUUAAAAAAGUUUACAAGGAAUUGUUCAAGAAGGACUUGGAGAAAGACGUGGCUGGAGAUACUUCUGGUGAUUUUUGUAGGUUGCUGCUGUCUCUGGUUGAGGCUAAAAGAGAUGAACCCAGCAACAUCGUGGACUAUGAAAAGAUCGACAAUGAUGCCAGAGCCCUCUAUGAGGCAGGGGUGAAGAGGAAGGGAACGGAUGUGGCCACUUGGAUAGCUAUUUUCUCUGAAAGGAGUGUAUCACAUCUCCAGAAAGUGUUUGGGAGGUAUAACAGCUACAGCCCAUAUGACAUAAAGGAGAGCAUUCGGAAGGAGGUGAAAGGAGAUCUGGAGAAAUCCUUCCUUACACUCGUGGAGUGCUUUGAAAACAAGCAGCUUUACUUUGCUAGCAAACUCAAUGACGCCAUGAAGACUAAAAGCAUCAAGGAGAAGGUUGUGACUCGGAUCAUGGUCUCACGCUGUGAAGUGGAUCUCAUGAAGAUCCGCAUGGAGUACAAGGCACAUUUUGGAAAAUCACUCUACCAGACGAUCUCAGACAGCACAAAGGGUGACUACCAAAGAGCUCUGCUAAAUCUGUGUGGAGGAGAUGAUUAGCAAGAAAGGAUGGGCAACUUAACGCUUACACUGUUCAUCCAAACAGAGCAGUGAGGAAUGAGAAAACGUAUAUAGAGCAUCUGUAGCUUUCAACAGCUCUAGUAGUGUUAUUUAUAGUAUGAAUUUUAAUAAAUAUUUGCAUAA